CAUACCGUAUUCCGUCAGACGGACGGCCGACGUUUGUGGUGAAUGCACAGCGGGCGCUCUUUGCGUUCGUGAUCGGACAGCUCAGCCGCCUACUUUAUGGGUCUGACGUAUACAGGUGCGCACGUUGGAUGGUAAGGGUCUGAUCGCAACUUUUGGUUUCGGCAUCGCAGCUCCGACAGGUAGUCUGCGGUCAUGAGUGGGAAAGGACAGCUGUAGGAGAGAGGGGGCUAAAGGUACAAAUACAUGCUCAUGAUGUCUUGAUGCCGCUCUCUCCUUCGAGCCCCAGCAGCCCGCACAAACAGCUACCUUGGCUCAACAUGAAACUCCUUCUUCAAGCCCCCCUGCUUGCUCUCGGCGCCAGCUGCGUCUCGGCCGCAUCCAUCUCGACCUCCUCGGCAGAUGCAGCAGCUGAUGCCUUCACUCUCUCUACCGCCCUGGGUCUCCCAAGCGCGCCGGCCAGCUUGAUCCAGCGGUUCACUACCUGGCUAGGCGGCAAUGCGGCUCAGGUGCAAGCCACCUACGAGUCUCUCGGUGGCCCUGUAGAGGGCAGCGAAGACAAGAGUCUGCUCGAGAUCAUCAAGUCCACGCCCGACUUGUCAUUCUUUGCCAAAAUCCUCAACUACAGCUCCGACUCCACCAAGGAAUUGCUGGACGGGGGCAAAGACAAGCUUACCUUGCUAGCACCACUCAACUGGCAUCACGAUGACCAUGCCGGCUCCGAUAUUGACUCCACCACGGCUAGCAUAUACGGUCCCCGCUCCGUCAUUGCCCACUGGGCUCAUCUCGAGUCGUCCGUGGACGAGCUCAGCGCUUCAUCUGGAGAUGACGAUGACGAAGAAAAGCGCAAGCGUCGCGCAGCGAUUCGAUACCUGAUCGAUCUGACUGUGCGCUACCACCUCAUCGCACCCGAUUCGGGCGCCGCCGUCACCGCCAAGCAGAUCGCGGCAAAGAGCAGUGUCGCCACUGAGCUCGUCAUACCGGCAAGCGCGGAAAAGUAUGUUGGCAAGCUGCUCGGUGGAGCACCUUUCCGCCUCAGAAGUGGAAAGAGCCUGCUCCCUCGCCCCGGUGUCUACUUCAACUUUUUCUCUCGCCUGGUGCAGCCUGAUGUGAAGGCCUCCGGAGGAUCGAUCUUGCACGCAGUGUCCCUGCCCCUGCUCAUUCCUCCAUCCGAUUUCCAGACUGUCUUGUUCGGCAGCGCAUACAAUCUUGGCGCGACCGCUACGGCUCUGUACCGUACUGGGGGCGCUGGCUUCUUCACGCUGCCGCACCUCAAGCACGAUGAUGAUAAGUCGGGACAUGCUGCGCAGUUCCUUCGAAUCCUCGAGGAGAAGGAUGAUGACGGAUACAAAGCUCCUGCGCUUCCUGGUCCUGGAGAGCCUGGCAUCACCUUGUUCGCCCCGACCAACCUUGCGUGGACCAAAGUGCCUGCCCGCUUCAAGUUCUUCCUUCUCUCUCCAUUCGGCACCAGACUUUUGGCCAAGGCCUUCAUGCUUCACGCUCUGCCCAUCAACAUUGUCUAUGCCGACGCGGUUUAUCAAUACGAUUUCGAUGAGGACAAGGCAGCUUUCCCAAUCCACGGCAAGCACAGCGUCGAGCACAAGCCGCUGCCAGUCAAUGUGACGACGUAUGAGCUCCAGUCUGCUCUGCCGAAGCUGAAGCACAAACAUCACCAUGACGGAGAUGCUGACGCCACCAAAAAACCUUCGCGCGAGAUCGUCACCGUUAAAGUGUACUGCUACCCCCUCGUUCCGGGUGGCGGACCUCUGCAGACGCGUGUCGAGGUUCAAGGAGUGCCCGUCGUCGUCCAAGAUAUUCCAACGGCGAACGGUGCUGUCCACCUUAUCGACAGCUUCAUCAUGCCCAAGGGGCACGAGCAUGGCAAGUCUAUCGCUCCAGGCCAGGAGUGGGCAAGCGAGAACCUUUCUGGCGUCUGGAAAGAGAUCGACGAAGAGAGCGCUAGGCUCGGAUUCUCUGAUGAUCAGAAGCAGCAAGAUCUCUGAACUCGGUCAUUCUGCCAACGAAUGGCAGAAUCUCAUGGCUGAUGCCCCAUCUUCUCCCGACAACGAUGUAUCCUACCACCACGUACGAACCACUCUGACUUCACUUUGCCCUGGUCUUUCGUCCCUCCACAUCCAUUAGCUUGUAAAGAGCACGGCGAAUGGAUUCAUCGAUGCACGCCCUCUAUGCCCUACGUGCAACUUGCUCUCGUAGUUUUGCCCCCCUCCUACUUGAUCGAGCUGGGCGAAGAGUGUGGACAAAUUCUUGCGAUCCUCAUCUCCAUAGGAGAUGGGCUGGGAAAGGCCGUUGAUGCGGGCAAUCCAGUCUCCGCCCACGUUGUGGGCGCUUCCAAGCCAAGCGCAGCGCAUUGCAGCGUUCACUACCGUCGCACUCCAAGUGUGG